AUGUCCGAAAUCCGCCCGCCGAUCGAAGGUGUUACCAUCACGAAAGCCAAAACUGAAGAUAUAGCAGCUGUCAAGGCUAUAGUCAAAGAUGCGUACUCGAAAUAUGUCGAGCGCAUAGGCAAGGAGCCCGCUCCAAUGACAACAGACUACUACGAACUCAUGGACACGCAUGAUAUCUUUGUCCUCAAAACCGACAUCAACGACACCGUCGUCGGUUCGAUCGUGCUUGCUACGGAUAGCGAGUCAGCUUCAAUCAAAAUCAACAACUUAGCUGUUGAUACUGCGGCCCAAGGUCGCGGGUACGGACGCGUUCUGAUGAACUACGCCGAAGACUUGGCACGAUCUCAGGGCAUUUCCGCUCUCACGUUAUUUACAAACAUCAAGAUGUAUGAGAAUCUCAGUCUCUACGCGAAGAUGGGCUUCAUUGAGACUGGAAGGAAGACUGAGUCGGGCUACGAACGCAUGUACUUUCGCAAGGAAUUGUAA